GGGUCCUUAAAGGGUGUUCUACCUUCUCGUACCUUUUGAAGCUGUUGCGAUAGUGUUGGCUGUUUCACUGUCGAGCGAAGGAAAAGUAAUGUGCAAUCGAGAAACUGUUGCCUGCGGUAUAGUCUUUUUCUUGAUGGCUUCGACGAUCACCAAAGCAGCAGCCGCACCAGUAACAGAACUGAAAAGGAACGAGGGGAAGAAUUUCCUACCCGGAGACAAGAGGGAUAAGUCAGACAGGACAAGGGCGGAAAGGGAAAAAGCAGCAAAGGACAGAGCAGCCAGAGAGAGGGGCAAGGACAGAGACAAGAAUAAUGAUAACGACGGAGGGCGUGGUGGUAAUAACAAAAAAGAUGACAACGACCGCCAAGGUGACGGCUCUCCUGGUGCACGCAGUCCUAUCAGGAUCGUCCUCGUCACCCCGACAUUCCCGACGUCUCCUACACCGACCAUUCCUGAACCUAAUGCGGAGCCUGAUACGGAGUCCGAUAUUGAAGGCUCGCCAACGCCAACUGCCCCCCCAACUACGUCCACGGACGUACCAGACUCACAAGCAACCACAGAAGCUUCUCCCGGCCUGACGCCUGUAAGCAAGCAGUUAGAUCCGUUGCGACCAGUAACGCGACCCUCCACGGCCGCCUUAGCAGGAACUAUGGCAGCUGCCAUUGCGGUAACAUUUAUUCUACUGGCUCUGGCAUGGUGGUAUGCGAGAUGGAAACGUAAACAAAUGGUCAACCCCGACAAACUGGUUGCUAAGAACUCUGUGAAACGCCAAAAGACCAUCGAGAGUAGAUCUGACGCUGAGCAGGUUGAACACACAAAGUCGUCAACGACAGAGGCUACAAUAACGGUGCCAGAGCCAGGGGUAUCGAAAGAAGAAUCAUAUUCGUAUCCCGGUCAACAUGAUUCUGCGUACGAUUUGCCAGUUGCAGAGUUUUUGUUGCCACCAAUGAAUCGCAUUAGCGGGGCAACGACGGCAACGAUGGCAACAACGACAACAACAACAACAACAACAACAACAACCAAUGGCAGGGAAGCAUCCAUGCUGUCAGCCAUAAGCUCCUCCCCACCGAAGGAUAACCUGUGGCCCCCCGACUCCCCGCGAGAUUCGUACGUCACCGCAUCCGCAUCUUUGUCCCGUCCACAACCCGCCGCAACACAUAACUCUAUGGCCGCCAGGAAGAGUGAGCCACUAGCCCUUGAUACGUCAUCCAUGCGACCGUCUUCCAUAGCCACACCGACCACGCCUAAAACACCCCUUCUUAAGCGUUUCCUACAGAGCUUAGCAACGAGGGCAACAGGGGACAAGGAUCGGAAUACUAUUCUAUCCCCUGAUUCAUCCCGUGCUAGUGUGAGCACAGAUUGGGAUUCCAGUAGAAUGAGUGCAAUGACUGACGGUAGUUUGAGUAGAUAUCUGGAGGACGACUAGUUGCUAGUCGAGUAUAUACUUUGUACAUAUAUUUUGCAGACAAUUGUAUACAAUGAAGAGUUCUUGUAGAAAUCUUAUGCAAGGCGAAAUCCUU